GACAGGGACAGUGACAGAGAGAGACACAGGGAGAGAGACAGAGAGCGAGACCGUGACAGGGACAGAGAAACAGGGUCCCACUCUACCUCCUCUCAGGCUGAGAGCACUCCCAUCACCAACAGCCAUUCAUCCCAGACCAGCACCAGUUCAACCCCAAUCCAGUCCUCCUCCACCUCCUCUCACUCUCGCCCUCACUCUCGCCCCCACCUCCAACGCUCCCACACCCCUCAUGGCCUGCCUGCCUACAAGCCCCCCUCCUCAGACAGCCCCCUGCUCUGGACCUACCCCUCAGUGGACUUCCGGAGACCCCCGGCGUACGACAGCCUGCGAGGAGGGUCUCAUCUGCCCUCCUUGCACCACCAGGGUCACAGUGAUGUGGCCUCCAAAAGCAGCACGGUGCCUGGGCCCGUCCAGGGGAAGGCUGCGUUCAUGCCCUGGGACAGCAGUGGCUUUGGAGACGACGGGUCCUACUGGCCCAUGCAGAGGAAACUCUCCUUCAGCCACGGCAGCCGAGAGACAGCGAGAGAAAAGGAUGAAGGGCGUGCAUGGAAUGGCAGUGCCGAUGCCCUCCUGAGGGUGGACAAGGAGGAGCUGGUCCCAGGGCAUCGAGGAGGAGGUGGAGGAGGAGGAGGCCACUCUGGGAUCCCAGUACGCUUCACUGGAGGGAGGGGGCUGGGCCACAGUGAGUCCCUGGCCGGGAUGGAGGGGGGGUCCUUGGGGUUCCGAGCCUUGCCUAGAGGGGGUCUCCCUCUCCCCUGCCAAACUUUCCCAGCCUAUCGCAAUGGAGAACUGGGUCGAUUCGGCCGCUCAUCAUCCACCUCUGGGGUGAAGCAGUUGCAUGGGCUUUCCCACUCCUCCCAGACACCCUGCAGUCCUAGUCUGUCUAGACAGCAGCAGCAGCUCCAGCUACAUCAGCAGCAGCUGCAGUUACAGCAACAGCUCCAGCAGCUGCAGCAGCAGCACCACCUCCAGCUGCAGUUCCAGCACCUGGCCCAGCUAGCCCAGGGACAGCCUCCCACCACUGGGGGUGCCGCCGCAUCCGCAGCCCAGACCCAGAGGGAUGGCAAGCUGCUGGAGGUCAUCGAGAGGAAGCGCUGCCUAUGCAAAGAGAUCAAGGCCCACCGGCGCCCGGACAAGAGCCUGUGUAAGCAGGACAGCAUGCCCAUCCUGCCCAGCUGGAGACGGACCCCUGAACCCCGCAAGACUGGUACGCCCCCCUGCCAGAGGCCCCAGGCCGUGGUGUGGGACACUGCCAUCUGAGGGGGCCGUGGUGGGGCAGCAGAGGUACAGUAGAAAGAUAGGGGCAAGUACUAUGUACUAAAUAAGUACUAUUGGGCACUAUUGUGGUGAGACACAAGAAGUUUACAAGUGGAGAGAGAUGGUGGGAAUCACUCUCUACAAAGGGAAAAAGGAUGGAGAACUGUUUUCUCUCUUAGGAGUGACAGUGUGAUCACCGCUGACCACAGAAGAGAGAGAAUAUGCAUGAGAGUAAGAUGAGAGUUUUGUGCUCUCACAUGGUAAGAUAAACUUUAUGUGGAGCUGAUACAAGGUCUUCAAGGUUACUGAGAUGUUUAGAGGUGUGUGGGCCAGAGAGAUAAGGAACAACUGAAACAUAAAUGUUAUUUUGCCAAGAGGGAUUUAAAGUAUGACUUUGUAGAGAUGGAAAAAAUGGGGAAGAUUCAGUUGAGGGAUAUACCAAUCAAACAUGAAACCAAGAAGAGACAUACGUACAAUCCGUCAGUACUGUGUGAUAUUUUACACUUUAAAUGUGAUUUCUUACACUUUAAAUGUAGUAUUCUAAAAGCCCUUCCUUGACUCUUUAUUAAUAUCUUAAACCCCAGUCGACUCAGCAUUCGUUGAGACAAAAUAAAAAAGGGGAGGAUUUAUACUAUAAGAGCAACACUGGUUUAACUAAUUUGGCCUAAUUUCCCCAAGUUUAAAGCUUAAAGUAACGGCAGCCAAGCAUCGAUGAUCAUGUCACCCGAAUAAGGCCAUUGAUAUUUAUUGGAAAGGGCCAUCAAGCUC